CCCUAAUGACACCCAUGGGUGCUCCUAGAUCGCCAAGGACAUGGAGCGCUGGGCGCGCAGCCUGAACAAGCAGCGGGAGAGCGGGCGCAGCUCGGGGAACCCCCCGGCACCCCGGGACGACGAGAGGAGGGAGGCGGCCGCGGCCGACGCGGGGUACGCCAUCCUGGAGAAGAAGGGCGCCCUGAGCGAGCGGCACCAGCACCCGAACCUGGAGCUGCCGCGGCUGGGGGGCGACGACCGGAUGGUGAGCCGGACGCCUGGGUCCCCCCGGACGCCUGGGUCCCUCCCAGAUACCUGGGCACCCCCACUGAACUCCUGGGUUCCUCCCGGAUGCCUGGGUCCCCCCAAACUCCUGGGUCCUCCUGAACUUGUGUGUCCCCCAAACUCCUGGGUCCCUCCCAAACUCCUGGGUCCCUCCCAAACUCCUGGGUCCCCCGAACUCCUGGGUCCCUCCCGAACGCCUGGGUCCCCCCAAACCCCAGUGUCCCCUGAACUCCUGGGUCUCUCCCGAACUCCUGGGUCCCUCCCGAACUCCUGGGUCCCCCAAUCCCCUAUCUCCCCCGAACUCCUGGGUCCCUCCCGAACUCCUGGGUCCCCCAAACCCCAGUGUCCCCUGAACUCCUGGGUCCCUCCCGAACUCCUGGGUCCCUCCCGAACUCUUGGGUCCCUCCCGAACUCCUGGGUCCCCCAAUCCCCUAUCUCCCCCGAACUCCUGGGUCCCUCCCGAACUCCUGGGUCCCCCAAUCCCCUAUCUCCCCCGAACUCCUGGGUCCCUCCCGAACUCCUGGGUCCCCCUGACCUCCCAUGUCCCCCGAACUCCUGGGUCCCUCCCGAAUGCCUGGGUCCCUCAAGCCCCUACCUCCCCCAAACUCCUGGGUCCCUCCCGAACUCCUGGGUCCCUCCCGAACUCCUGGGUCCCCGUUUCUCCGCAGAGCCCCCCCGGGGUCUGGUCGCCGCCUACAGCGGGGAGAGCGAGAGCGAAGAGGAGGGCGAUCGGGGUGACCGCGGCGAGCGGGGGGGCGGGGGGCCCGGCCCGGGGGUCCCGUCACCCGGAGGGGUCCCGGGGGGGUCCCAACCGCUCACCGAUUGGCACAAACUGGCCUGUUUGUUGUGCCGGCGCCAAUUCCCCAGCAAGGAGGCGCUGCUGCGGCACCAGCAGCUCUCGGGGCUGCACAAGCAAAACCUGGAGCUGCAGCGGAGGAGCCACCAGCCCCCCCUGGAGGACAUGGAGCUGAAGUACCGGGACCGGGCGGCCGAGCGGAGGGAGAAGCAGGGCGGGGGGGGAGGGGCCAACCCUGACCCCCCCGACACCAAACGGAGACGAGUCGGGGGACCCCUCCCCCAAUCGGGGGACGCCGAGGGGCCCCUCCCCCGCGAGGCCACGCUGGGGUGCCGCAUGCUGCAGGCCAUGGGCUGGAAGGAGGGGACGGGGCUGGGCCGGCGCAGAGAGCCCCCCUCCCGGCCCCGCCCGGGGGGCGUGACCCGAUUCAGCGAAGGACCCUGAGGCUCCGCCCCCUUCCCGGCCACGCCCCUUUGGCCACACCCCCCCGUGUUCCCUCCCCCUUGACCCCCCCGCCCCCCCCCCGUGGUUUGGGGGUUUUUUAAAUAAAUGGGUGAAAAAACCAGAAAUUUGGGACUCGACUUG